CGCAAACAACUUUAAUAUUAUUCCACAUAAUCUCAAAAGUCUCUCUGCACAGGUUUAAACUGACGACAAAAAACUGAAAUAGGUUUCAAGUUUUCAUAGUACGCUUAUUCAUCAUCUAACUUAUGAUCCGAAAAUGAUUGUACAGUGAGCCAUUCUGCUUCCAAAAGAUUUCAUACUGCUGGAUUUACAUUUUCAAAUGAAUACUCUGGGACUAGGGACUUAGUGCCUCAAUGUACUUCACAGUCAUAACUUUAAUUAAGUCCAAGAAGGGUUCGAUUAUGUCUUCUCAGUGCUAUAUCACCUUGGUACACCAGUUGCAACAGAUGAUCAAUUUUAGAUGACACAUUUAUUAUUCAUGGAUCACAGUCAGCGCACUUUUAAGUUUCAGUAGUUAGAAAGUAAAAUUCAAAAUCUUUGUGUUGCAAUCGUUUCAUAAUAAAUAUACUCAAUAUUGAACAUCACAAAUGAAGAUCCAUUUUUGUCCUUUCUACAUUGUAUGUUCGCUUACAAAUCUAAUUGUAAACAUACUGUUUUUGUGGAUAAAUUUGCCUUUAACUCGAGAAUUAACACUAAGUACCCCUAAACAAUACUUCAAUUAUACUCACCCAAUAUAUGUGAAAAUUCAGCCAACUAAAAAUCCACACCAGACACACAAAAGUCAGCAUUAUACUAAUCUUUACGGUGGUCGAAUCAACAUAGACAGUCCUUAUAAAACUCUCAAUGCUAAUGUCAACAAAAGUAAACUUGGUAUAACACAUUUAAAUCCGGGUUCGACAUAUAAAUUCGGUUUAGGCUAUAGUAAUCCGACAAACAGACUGACUCACAAAGAGCUUGAGGAUGAAGUUAACUAUUUCAUUCCAAAGACUUUGAUAUUUGAACCAGAAAGGGACUUGGCUUUAUUUUACCCUCAAAGUUACUGGCUGGAUCCAUGCAAAGCAACUGCAUACUACGGAGAUAUUGCAUUGGAUGAACAAGAAUCUCAAGUCAUGUCAUCCAAAGGUAUAGCACUAUCCGAUGAUCCAUCGCAGAUAUGGAACUUUUUGGAAAAUGAAGAGAAAAUGGAAAGUCAACAAAGGAUAUCUAAAAAACCUUUGGACAGCAUAACAGGAAAAGCUGAUGCUCAAGCUGAGAUCAUUUCAUCAAAUAUUUCGAAACAGAAGGUUACAGUGAAACAUAAAGAUAAUAUCAAUGGAAGUGGUCAAAAGAAAUUAAAGGAGGAUGGAAAUAGAAGCGGAAAGUUAGGAAGAAGAAAGAGGAGAAGGCAACAACAACAAAGGUCUCGAAAACUUGUGGCUAGAACAGAAGCAUUUAUUCAGCUAGACAAGUCAUAUCACCAGAAGAUCAGCACGUUAACUCUUACACCAGAACAAGAAAAUACUAAGGAGUUCUUUCAAGGCAGAAGACGAUCUAAAAGAGCUGCUACAGCAUAUGUGUCAAGGACAUGGCCUAAUGGAGUCAUACCAUACAUUAUACAAGCCAACUUUUCAAGUGAAACCAAGGCUACAAUAAUGAAGGCGAUGCGUCAUUGGGAGAAUUAUACCUGUCUAAGUUUUGUUGAGCGGCAACCACAACACAGAUCCUAUAUCAUAUUCACAGAAAAAGCAUGCGGUUGCUGUUCGUAUGUAGGAAGACGCAGUGAAGAUGAACCACAGGCUAUAUCGAUAGGUAAAAACUGCGACAAGAAAGGAAUUGUAAUACAUGAACUUGGCCAUGUGAUUGGUUUUUGGCAUGAACACACUAGACCUGACCGAGAUGAACACGUAGACAUCUUACUUGAUAAUGUUGUUGAAGGACAGGAUUUCAAUUUUAAGAAGAUGGAUCCAGGCGAAGUGAACUCCCUUGGUGAACCGUAUGAUUACAGUUCUAUAAUGCACUAUGCUAAAGGGACAUUUGCUAAAGCGAAUAAAGAUGAAACGAUUCGACCAAAAGCAUGCUGUCCUCGACCUCCAAUCGGCCAGAGAAUUCAGCUAAGUCCUGGUGAUAUUCGACAAACAAAUAAACUCUACUCAUGUCCAGCUUGUGGUCGUACACUUCUAGAGCCAGUAGGAAGCUUUUCUUCCCCUCAAAUGGCUUGGAAACUGGAAGAUCGAUUCCAUGGAAAUGCUAACUCAUCGUUAUUUCCUGAUCCUAUGGGUUUAGACCAUUCAAUCCAGUUGGGGAACGCUCUUUCAGUUGCUCAUCUCUUACCAGAUGAUAAUGAGAAUAUGUAUCAUCCAUAUAAAUCGUUAACGGAUGGUAAUAUAGUUGACGGUGGUGAAGAUCAUAGUUUAAUUGGCAUGGUAAACGAUGAUAAAUACCAGUUAGAAGCUCAUUCAUAUAAUCCCUUUAAAGGAUCAUUCAAUAAUGAAGAAGUUUCGAUGAUAGCAAUGAGUCGUUCGUCUAAAUCAUCAGCAAGGGGUGCAUCAUCUGCGUUAGGUUUCACAUCAGCUAGUCCUAUUCUUUGUCAGUGGAGAAUAAACGCUGCGUCUGGUGAACGAAUUCGUCUGAAUUUCACACACAUGGAUAUAUCUGGACCAAUAACGCAGGAUUCUAUACACACACCUCCAAAUUUAAAAACCAUACAUAAAACAUAUGAAUUAAAUCAAAAAAGUGUCAAUCGUGUUUCAUGCAUCAAUGAUUAUAUAGAUAUACGAGAUGGUUAUUAUUUCGGUUCACCUCUAAUUGGUCGAUACUGCGGUCAAACAUUGCCUCCACCACUAAUCUCCACUGGAUCACGCCUUUGGUUAGAAUACAGAAGAUCUGCUGGAAGUAUGACUACUGGUUUUAUUGCUCAUUAUGAGGCUAUUUGUGGUGGAGAAUUGCAGAUGGAAGAAGGCACACUAACUAGUCCAAAUUAUCCAGAAUUUUAUAGACCAAGUAAAGAAUGCAUUUGGCAAAUCAUAGUUCCAGUUGGUUACUCAGUUGCUUUGAUAUUUCAUUCAUUUCAGCUUGAAAAGCAUGAUACUUGUGUAUAUGAUUAUUUGGAAGUGCGAGACGGUCUAAAAGAAACAGCUCCAUUAUUGAAAAAACUUUGUGGAUCCCAGCUACCUACUCCAAUCAAGUCAACCAACAAUGUGAUGUAUGUUAAAUUUGUAUCGGACAGUUCUGUAGAAAAGCAAGGAUUUACUGCCACAUUUCAGAAAGAAUUCGAUGAAUGCAAAACUAUGAAACAUGGUUGUUCUCAUACAUGUAUAAAUACACUUGGUGGUUAUCGUUGUCAAUGUGAAAUUGGCUAUGAACUGAAUGCAGAUGGGAAGCAUUGUGAAGAUGCGUGUGGAGGUGUAAUCAAUGAAUCAAAUGGUACAAUACAAACACCAUCAUUUCCUGAUUUAUAUCCACCCAGGAAAAAUUGUAUUUGGAAAAUUCUGGCCCCACCUAAAACAACAAUAUUUCUUAAUUUCACGCAUUUCAAUCUAGAAGGUCGUAAUAGAGAAUGCAGGUAUGAUUUUAUCAAUGUGUACAGUGGUCCAACAGAUAAUCAAAAAAAAAUUGGAACAUUCUGUGGUGAUCAAAUACCACUACCGAUAACAUCGCAUACAAAUGAGUUGAGUAUCGAAUUUUAUUCAGACAAGUCUGUACAACGUACAGGAUUUAGAGCUGUGUUCUUUACUGAUCGAAAUGAAUGCGAUGACAAUAAUGGCGGUUGCCAACAUAUUUGCACCAAUACAAUCGGAUCAUAUUACUGUGCUUGUAGACCAGGUUUUAAUCUUUAUGGAAGAUAUGAAUGCAAAGAGAACAUCGAAACUGGAUGUCAACAAGAUAUAUCCUCACCUGAUGGGGAAAUAAUCACACCAAAUUGGCCGAAUGAAUAUCCCAUGAAACAAACUUGUCACUGGAAGAUCACCGUUACACCUGGUCAUCGCGUGAAAAUCAUAUUUGCUGAUUUCGAACUUGAGCCACACCAGCAAUGUAUAUAUGACCAAGUUAUAGCCUAUGAUGGACCAACAAACACCUCAGCUGUUCUUGGUCAGUACUGUGGUAGUCAUAAGCCUGGUCCAAUUAUUUCCUCGCAAAACCAGUUGUUACUUACAUUUAAUUCUGAUUCAUCUGUACAACGCAAAGGAUUUAGGGCACAACAUACUACAAUUUGUGGUGGACAUUUAACCGCUGACAAUAUUCCACAGACAAUUUAUUCACAUACCAAAUUCAGUGAUCUUGAUUAUGAAUCAAAUCAACAAUGUUAUUGGACAAUUACUCCAAAAUUAGAAAAUCAUACUGUUCUACUAAGAUUUCUUUAUUUCGAAGUGGAAGAAGAAACAUUAUGCACGUACGAUUAUCUCCGAGUUUUUGAUGGAGCUGAUACUAAAGGGAAGCUAUUAGGUGGAUUUUGUGGGAGAAUUGUAAGUUGA